CUGUGCUCCAAUUGCAUGUUGCUCCCCGUCCGCACAAAUCUGUCAUAACGAGCCCGGUGCCGAGGCAGCAGCAGGACGGCAGCUCUUCACUUCAAAUUGCUAACGGCUGACAGUGUCAAGUCCUACCGGUUUCACCGACAUGGUGAACGACGUGACAUAUUUUUUCCAUCGUGCGUGUGAUUUUUCCCGACUUAAGAAACGAGAGGGAGAAAGGGGUGUUUGGACGGGCUUGAAGAUGGGGCAGUUGCGAAAUCGACUUCUCCAUGAGCGAAAACUUAACUGUGGCGAUGAUUUCGCGCUAUAUUUAGAGGAUGAGGAGGAGGGGGAUGCAGUGUUGUGUACUCUUCUUCAGGAUCGCGUGACUUAUCGCCUGGAAGAAUAACGUUCCAACGAGGGCACCCCGAAUAAAAAAAACAAUGGAGUUGCUGGAGGAGGACCUCACGUGCCCAAUAUGCUGCUGUCUCUUCGAGGACCCUCGCGUGCUGCCGUGCUCCCACAGCUUCUGCAGAAAAUGUCUCGAGGGCAUCCUGGACGGACAGCGCGGACCCGCGUGGCGCCCUCCGUUCAGAUGCCCUACGUGCCGCAAAGAAACCUCGCACAACGGGAUAGCGAGCUUACAGGUCAAUUACUCUCUGCGGGGGAUAGUUGAAAAGUAUAACCGGAUUCGCGUAGUGCUUCCGAAAAUGUCCCUCUGUCGCGAGCAUCACGGGCAGCCGCUCAACAUCUUUUGCGCCACCGACCUGAAGCUCAUCUGCGGCUUCUGCGCCACGACCGGCGACCACAAAGGGCACACGUUCCGCGCGCUGCAGGACGCCUACGAGCAGGAGCGAGACGCCUUUGAGGAGCUGUCACGGGGUCUCGAGAGCUGGCAAAGCUCCGAGGACGACGUGCUCGCGUGCCUAGAAGCCCUUGAGGGCAACAAGAAGAAGGCACUACAGCUCGUGUCGAGAGAUGCGGACAGAGUCGCCGAGUACAUGGACAAACUCCUGCGCGCACUGGAGCACAAGCGCAGCGAGAUCCUGUCCGACUUCGAGACUCUGAAGCUGACGGUGAUGCAGACCUACGACCCCGAGAUCGGCAAGCUGCGCGCUGUGCUGGAAGAGAAGAGGCGCGCGCUCAGCAUCGCCGAGUCAUUCCGGUCCCUGACGGACCCGCUCGCUUUCCUCCAGCAGAUGCAGGACUUUCGCGAGACACUGCGCGUGAUCAAAGAGACCCCGCUGCCUUCUCCGCCACGGAGCGAUGACGUUGACGUGGGGCCCCUCGUCCGGGACUUUGACGUGCAGCAGUGGGACGCCGUGAAGCUCGGCGACAUUGACACGCUCUGCGCUCCUCACGAGAGCAACAACAGUCGUCACCGGUCUCCACGUGCCACCCCGGCUGCUAUCCCACAGUUCUUGUCCAAAGCGCUCUGGACGCUCGUGCUGCUCGCCUGCCUGUGCCUGUUGUCGGGCACGGCUCUCAUUCCACCGGACUGCCUCGCCAACACCCCGUUUGAAAGAGUUCCCGCCCUGAGCCGAACCUACCUGGCGUACCUGCCCGACCCAGAUGAGCUGCUCCACCUGGCCACGUGCUUCUGUAGAGAGGCUCUCGCGCUGUGGGCGUCUGCGAGGGAGCUGUGCGAGAGCUGCAUCCUAAACCUCAUCAACACGAGUGCCGACUUCAUCAGCUGACUGACACACACACACAGCCUGUCGAGUUGUAGAGGGUGCGGUGAGCACACCAGUAGACCACACUUGACAUCCACCCUGAGUCUGAGUCAGAAAAAAAGUUUUUACCGUUUCUCCUCAACUCGGUGAGAGAAAUACGGAUCAUUGUGAUUUGUAAACUGAGAAAACAUGUCGGUGUUAAAUGGACCAUAGAAGACAAUGUUACAGCACCGUCUGUCCUCCAGGAUGGAGCCUAAAGAUGACCUUAACGACACUGCACCACACUUUCACCUGCCAAUCACUGCACAACCGAACUAUUUUCUCCACUGAAGGCAAGCUUUUUUUGCAGCUGGUCACUUUAGAUCACCGGGUAAGGACAUGUAGGCCAAAGUUGUCUGUUUUGUGCGUCUUUUUUAACCUUUUAAUUUGUUUGUAUGUUUUAUUCGUUCAAGAUGUGUAUGUUCUGUUUCAGGCCAUGCUCCUUCCCGUUCAGUCCUUCCAACAGACUCGUCUACGUGUGAACCUGUUCAGUCUCCCUCCCUUAAAACUCACCCGUUUUUUUCCAGGCACAUUGCGAUUAUUUAUCUAGCCUCACGUUUUUUGUUAAAAUAAUAAAACAUUUUCGUAAUCUCUUA